CGCGGGUCUGGGCGAGUGUGGCGUCUGGUUGUGCUUAAGGAGUUUCCAGUGAGGGCUUUCGAAUUUAUCGAUUGAGCUCGUGGCUGUGCAGGCACAACAUCUGCACAGAUAAGAUGGGAGAGGAGGCCAGUGAUGACAAGAAGCCAACAACUAAAUUUGAACUAGAGCGAGAAACAGAACUUCGCUUUGAGGUGGAGGCAUCUCAGUCAGUUCAGUUGGAGUUGCUGGCUGGCAUGGCAGAGAUCUUUGGCACAGAGCUGACCCGAAACAAGAAAUUCACUUUUGAUGCUGGUGCCAAGGUGGCUGUUUUCACUUGGCAUGGUUGUUCUCUGCAACUGAGUGGCCGCACCGAGGUGGCUUAUGUCUCGAAAGACACUCCUAUGUUGCUUUACCUCAACACUCACACAGCCUUGGAGCAGAUGAGGAGGCAGGCAGAAAAGGAAGAAGAGCGAGGCCCCCGAGUGAUGGUAGUGGGCCCCACUGAUGUGGGCAAGUCCACAGUGUGUCGCUUACUGCUCAACUAUGCAGUGCGUUUGGGCCGUCGUCCCACUUAUGUGGAGCUAGAUGUGGGCCAGGGCUCCGUGUCCAUCCCUGGGACCAUGGGGGCCCUCUACAUUGAGCGGCCAGCAGAUGUGGAAGAGGGUUUUUCCAUCCAGGCCCCUCUGGUGUAUCAUUUUGGUUCCACCACUCCGGGUACCAACAUCAAGCUUUAUAAUAAGAUUACAUCCCGUUUAGCAGAUGUGUUCAACCAGAGGUGUGAGGUGAACAGGAGGGCAUCUGUGAGUGGCUGUGUCAUUAACACCUGUGGUUGGGUCAAGGGAUCUGGUUACCAGGCCCUGGUGCAUGCAGCUUCAGCUUUUGAGGUAGAUGUCGUUGUGGUUCUGGAUCAAGAACGACUGUACAAUGAACUAAAGCGGGACCUGCCUCAUUUUGUACGCACUGUGUUGCUCCCUAAAUCAGGGGGUGUGGUAGAGCGCUCCAAGGACUUCCGGCGGGAAUGCAGGGAUGAACGCAUCCGUGAGUAUUUCUAUGGAUUCCGAGGCUGUUUCUAUCCCCAUGCCUUCAAUGUCAAAUUUUCAGAUGUGAAAAUCUACAAAGUUGGGGCACCCACUAUCCCAGACUCUUGCUUGCCUUUGGGCAUGUCUCAGGAGGACAAUCAGCUCAAGCUAGUACCUGUCACCCCUGGCCGAGAUAUGGUGCACCAUCUAUUGAGUGUUAGUACUGCUGAGGGUACAGAGGAAAACCUUUCUGAGACAAGUGUGGCUGGCUUCAUUGUGGUGACGAGUGUGGACCUGGAGCACCAGGUGUUUACUGUCCUAUCUCCAGCCCCCCGCCCACUGCCUAAGAACUUCCUUCUCAUCAUGGAUAUCCGGUUCAUGGAUCUUAAGUAGAUAUCUGCAGGAAGCCUUGCUGCCUGGGGCAUCACAACCUCUGGCCCUCACUAAAGGCAGAUGGACUGAUAAUAUGAGAAUAUGUUGAUUCCAGCUGACCAGAAAACUGUGGACUAGCGGAAAACAUACAUAUACACACCUCUAAAAAUGAUUUUUCUAACCUUGAUCAAAAAGAAAAAACAUGAGACUAUAAUUGGUUUUUUAGAUUACCUAAGAUGCCAUUUUGAAUUCCAUUUCUUUCACUGUGCUACUAUGUGGGUUUUUAAAAUCACUACUUCAUAUUCCAUAUGUAGUACUUGGUAUCUCAUUUAUCCAGGGUAAAAAUGUGAUUUAAAAGAGCUCCUUCCAAUAAAGUUCAAACUUGAAAAAAAUUAUUUUAAUAAAUGUUUUUGCCGUUAUCAUA